AUGUCUUAUAAUCCAUACUAUCUACAGCAAGAUUCUUCUCAUGAGAGUUUCACUCAGGGUCAAAAUCCAAAUCAGUUCCAGAAGUCAGCCCAGGCUCCUCAUUACCAGAUGUUUUCUCAGCAACCACUGAAUCAACAGCAGGGCUUCCCCGGGUUUGCAGACCCUAGAGCAUCCAUGGCACUCCAAUUUGGACAGAAUGCGUUGAAUCAAUUUAUUGGAUCUGAUAAUUUGAACCAAUUUCAGGAAACGGUACAAAAAGCGACGGGCGGUACACCCAUUAGUCAUUAUUUCCAAGUUUCGAACUCCUAUGUCUUCCAGAAGUUGAAAAUAAUGCUUGCACCAAUGCUGCAUAGACAAUGGCAACGUAUCCCUGAUGCUAAUGGGACGUUCCAGCCUCCAAGGAAUGAUAUAAACUCUCCUGACAUGUAUAUUCCGUUAAUGGGAUUGGUAACGUAUAUUUUGGCAUGGAAUGUCGAACAGGGUCUACAUGGCUCUUUUGACCCUGAAAAUUUAUAUUUCAAGCUAUCAUCCACUUUGGCAUAUAUCGUCUUGGAUCUAGGAAUCUUGAAACUAGGCCUUUAUUUACUGGUCCCUGUGAAUUCGAAGGUCACUACAUUGAUUGAGCUGUCAUGCUAUGUGGGUUACAAAUUUGUACCAUUAAUAUUCGCUAUGAUGUUACCGAGACGCCCGAUAUGGAUAACCAUACUAGGAAAAGUCUAUCUAUUUCUGGCAUUUGGCAUCUUUCUCCUAAGGUCUGUGAAGUUCAACCUUUUUGAUGACGGUACAGACAAUGUUAAUACCGUUAAGAAAUCUGUUGUUAAGAAAUGCAACUACUUUUUAUUUUUUUAUGGCGUUGUCUUGCAAAGUGUCUUCAUGUGGUUGAUGGGGUGA